UAAAUAAAUGAAUGUGUUCAGGUUGACAAAGCUUAUGCUAGAACAGAACCAGCGCCAUCAUUAUUUCCUUUCCAGAAAAUGCAGGUUUCCCUUUCUGCUCCCGGUAGAGAUGGCUUAUCCUUUACCAUAGAGGCACAUCAAGCUCAGAUGAAAGAUGUAAACACCGGGGCUGGACAGAAGCGCUCCCAGGACUCUAUUGGCCACCCUUUCACAACGAAUGGAGGAUCUGAUGGGGAUUUAAACAGUCGAUAUACAGAACAUUAUGGUCCUCAUGGUUCUUAUGGUCCUGGAUACAAGGACGGACCAGGAUACAGUCAGGAGGAUGGUCAAGGAUAUGCCCGGGCAGAAUUUGAGCAGAGUAAGAAGAUGAAGUUUGAAUCCAGCCUGCAGACUGCUGAUAAUAACACGAGUAGUAAUCUUCAAUAUGAAAACAGAAAUGCGGGGAAAACUCAUUCUCAACAGACAAGAACCAUCUUCAGGCAUAGCGGAAUAACCAACACUGUGAAUUCUGGACUCCACCAACCUUCCAUUCAGCAGGGUUCAAACUUCCAUUCAUCCUCCUCCUCCGCUCCAUUCCAGGAAUAUUCAAACUCUAGCCCAGUGUUCCAAAACUCUUCUGUUCCCAUCAAACCGUUCCAGGAUUCUUCUUCCCCGUUCCCCAACAAUACUGAUUCAGGAACACAGUUCCAACAUUCAGCCCAUCUAUGGAACUCGAGUAGUCGAGAGGACACAAAUAGUGCCCAAGUUUGGAAGAUAGAAACGGGAGGAUAUAAUAUAAUUUUUAAGAAAAAAUGUUAUGGAGGAUUAAACCAUAUUUACGUGAGCCUAUGCAAACCUCAACAUCUUGACAGGUCCCAGGACCCCUCCCACUAG